AUGCCCCUUCUCCAAUCACCGCGCCGCUUCGUGCCGCAGGGCGGAGAUCUCGAACGCAAAGAAAGCCAGAGCGCGCCAGACGCAGCUAGCCGAGCGCAGCACGCUCGCUCACGACCGCCCUUACAGAGGCAGCUCUGCUCCGCCCCGCCCACCUUGCUCAGACCCCGCCCCGCCCAAACAAGCCACGCCUCGAGCCCAUCAGGCCACGCCCCCAUCCUGUCGGGCUUCGUCCCCAUUCGGACAGGCCACGCCCUCAUUCGGACAGGCCACGCCCUCAUUCGGACAGGCCACGCCUUCAUUCGGACAGGCCACGCCUCACCCGAGGGGUCGGGAUGGCCGGGACCCCCGGGCUCGUGGCGGGUCCCCUCUGGCCGGGCUCCAGGUGCCCUCCGGCCCCGCCGCUUCCCGGCAGCGCGGCCCCGCCGGAGCGGCACCAUGGCAGCGCUGGGCACCGUCCUGCUCCUCGGCCUGCUUCUCGCGGCCCCGCCGGGGCUGGGGCAGGGCCCGGGGCGGCGGCGCCGGCCACCGCCUCCGCGGAGCCCGCUGGAGCAGGUGGCGGCGCAGGCGGAGCUCAGCCUGUCCCAGCUGGCAGGGAGGUGGUUCCUGGUCGGCAUGGCCUCCCGCUGCAGCUACCUGGCGGAGCACAGUCACCGGCUGGAGCCCACGGCAGUGACCGUGACAGUCCUGGAUGGGCAGAGCCUGGUCAUCAGCACCUUCAGGAAGCUGGACGGGAUGUGCUGGGAAAUCAGGCAGCGCUACCUCCCUGCCCAGGCCCGCGGACGCUUCCUCCUGAAGGGCCGUGGCUACGGCAGCAAGGUGGACGUGGUGGUGGGUGAGACGGACCACAGCAGCUACGCCGUCCUUUAUUACCAGAAGGGCCGGAGCGUCUCUGUCAAACUCUACGGACGGAGCAGCCGAGUCAGCGAUGCCGUCGUGGACAAGUUUGAGCAGCACGUCAGGGCUGUGGGCCUGAGCGAAGACGUGACCUACUACUUCCCCACAUACGGGUUCUGUGACUCUGCAGACGAGUUUCACAUCCUCGACGAAACGAAGCCAUAGGUGCAGGUGACGUUUCCAGGAGGUCCCCAGGGCUCGGUCCUCACCUCAUCCAGCCACCCACAGCCAUGCAGGACUGAGGCAGGGGCUGGCCAGACCUCACCCUGGAGCGAGCCCUGUGGCUCCCCAGCUCCUCCAGCUGCCCUGGCAGCUGUGCCCAUCCAUGUUCUGUCACCCCUCCGCUCUGUGUCACCCCUCCUCUCUGUGUCACCCCUCCUCUCUGUGUCACCCCUCCUCUCUGUGUCACCCCUCUGCUCUGUGCCCUGAUGUGCUGCAAUACACGCUUAGGAGAGGGGGCUGUGUCCAGGUGUCACCCUCGCUCUGUCCCAGCCAGGCCAGUGCUGCUGGUGCCCUGGCACUGGGGGUGCUGGGGGACAUGCAGCCCCCUCCCCGCAGCUCCAUUGUCCUCUCCCUGAGCCUCCCCCCAGCCAUGGGGUUGUGGUGGUUCCCAGUUUACUCUCAGGUGUCGCAGUGCUGGUGAGUCUGCCUGGGGAGCGAGAGGGAGCCCUGAGUGCCCAGCACAGUGUGGGGAACACCCUGUGCUUGGAGUUGUGGGGCUGUGUAAGCUUGGGGGGCACUGGAGACCAGCACAGGAUCAGCCCUUCACCUGGGACGAGCCAGGUGAUCCCAGAGGAAGAAACCUCAGCCCUGCGGUCAUCCUGCUUCCCAUCCCCAGGACCUUGGGGGCAGCGAAAUGCCCCAUUCCCUGUGACGACCUUCCCCAAGGGUCUGCUGCUGGGCUGGACCCUGCCAGCGUCCCCACACCUGCACAGCCAGCGCACGGUGUCCCUUGCAUGUCCUGAGCACACUGGGGGCUGCGGGGGCUCGGGCUGGGUGCAGGCACAGCAGAGGGGCUGCAGUGUCAACCCUUGCAGGACUCCACCUGCUGCAUGUCCAGCCUGGCCAGGGCUGCUCUGCCCUGCCUGCGGGCCGGGGCGUUUUGGGCAAGGGGUGCCAGUUCCCCGGCACAGGCUGGGUGCUGGGAGGGCCGGGAGCAGCCCCCGCAGUGGGCUGGUGCAGUCUCUGGUCACCCCGCAGCCCCAGGGGGGGAACAGCCCCCUGCCCCCAGCGCCGGAGUUUUGCAAUCGUAGCACAAACUGGUACCACAUGUUGUUUAUCAGGAUUUAUGUAAGGGCCACACGUGACUCGCCUGCAGCCGGGGGGGCAGGCAUGUCUGGCCAUGCUCGCGGGUCCCCCAGGCUGGCCGGUUGGGCCCGGCAGAGUCGGGGUGUCCCAGAUCCAGCUCACUGUCCGCCCCGCACCCCAGAAGUGGCUGUGCUGUGGUGGAGCCGUGGCAGGUGAUGGAGCUUUGGGGAGAGUUUUGUCCUCCUGCCCUGGGGAGCUGCGCUGCUCCCCAAGAACCCCCCUGCACCCCAGCUCAACCCAGCCCGCAUUCAUCGGGCAUGAACCCAUUUCUGGGGUGCAAACGCCUGGGUAGUGCCUGAGGGUCUGUGUGCAGGCACUGCUGUGACCCACAGCCCGAGCCCCUGAUCCUGCCUGUGCCCCCAGCCCGGCUCAGCCUGCCCCACACUGCCGAGUGCCCCCAUGUGCCCCCUUCUCCUGAGCUUGCACCCAGUUUUACCACCCAGCUCCUCGGGCUGGUUCCCUGCUUCCCCCCAGGAAUGCCAGGAGAACGGGGACCUUCUGGGCACCCCAUCCUUUUGUGGGGCCGGAGGGUCCGGGGAUGCCUGGGCACUCAGGGGGCUUUGUGUCCCUGCCCCAGUGCAGACCCACAGGGACACCCACGGGUGCUCCAUGCCCCUGGUGCUCAAUGGAGAGAGCUCCACCCUGCACCCAAGGGUGGGCUCAGCCCCUGUCUGAACUCCAGCCCAGCACGGGGGGGCCCAGCCAGGCUCUCGUGAUGCUCAGUUCUGCCCAGCUCAGCUUUUGUUUUGUUUUGAUAAAUCUGCGGCUCUGGGGCUGGCCGGGCCCCUGGCGCGUGGUGUGCGGGGCAGGCCGGGCUCGCAGCUGGGCGCGGGGAAGGGAAUGUGCUGGGGGGGCUGCCAGAGGCAAAACCAGCUGUUGUGGAAACACAGUCCUUACGUAAAGCACCUUGGCAGGGCCGCGCCGCGGGGGGAGCCGCCAGGCUGGUGCUCUGCCCUGCACGGCCAGCCCUGCCCAAACUGUGCCAGACCCAUGGGUGCUGCUGCUGACACCCUGUGUUCAUCCCCAGCCCUCACCCUGCAGGUGCCCUGCGUGUCCCCAAGUUAAAGGGGGCAGCUGGUGACCCCAAACCAAGGGGGAGGUCCCCCAGCCCCUCUUGGCAAAGGGUGCAGGGUGGCACGGGGGGAUGAAGCACUGGGGCUCUGUCUGGCUGUGCGCUGGUCCCCAGGGAGUUGGGCACCGGGGCUGACUGAGGCAGGGGUCUGGCUCCCCCGCAACAGCCUCAGACCCCCAGCUUGCAACCAGCAUGCACCGGUGGUGGGGCGCACGCCGGCGGGUGGUGGGGCAGCCAAGGUGCUUCUUCGGGUGACGCAGGGAUUUGGCCCAGGGCAAAGCUGGGGGUCCUGCUGGAGCACCCGAAAGUGCCCAUGAGUCUCAUGUCUGGACCAGGACAUGGCAGGCACUUGAUGUUCCCUCCACCUCGCCCGGGUCCCUCUCUGACCCCAGAUGAGGCCGUCCUGCAGGGACAGGGCAGCUGGCGAGCCCUGGCCCCCUGCCUGCGGACCGUUAGCGCUGGGAUGGCCGCCGU